CCCCCAAGGCCCAAUCUCUCUGUUUCUCUAGGAAGUCAAACAGAGCAUUUUUCUUUCUUCAGCAAUGGCUUCUCUCACUCUCCUUAACCACUCAUUAUCCUCUUCUUCAUUCCCAAUUACAAAAACCCUUAACACCAAAACCCCCUUUUCACAAUGUCUGAUAUCAUCUUCGUCAUCAAAUUCUCAGUUUUAUGGUCUUAAACUUUCCUCUUCAUCUUCUGUUACCUUCCCAUCUACUUCUUCAAAGAAGUUCUCCAUUUCUGCUAAGGUUAACAAAGGUUCAGUUCCUCCUGCAUUUACUUUGAAAGAUCAAGACAACAAACCUGUUAGUCUUUCUAAGUUCAAAGGAAAGCCAGUUGUCCUUUAUUUUUACCCAGCUGAUGAGACUCCAGGUUGCACUAAGCAGGCCUGUGCAUUUAGGGACUCUUACGAGAAGUUCAAGAAAGCGGGAGCUCAAGUUGUAGGAAUCAGUGGUGAUAGUCCUGACUCACAUAAGGCAUUUGCUAAGAAAUUCAGGCUUCCAUACACAUUAUUAAGUGAUGAGGGUAACAAGAUCAGGAAAGAAUGGGGAGUACCAUCUGAUCUAUUCGGAACAUUACCUGGAAGACAGACUUACGUUCUUGACAAAAACCUUACAGUUCAGUACAUCUAUAACAAUCAGUUCCAACCUGAGAAGCACAUCGACGAGACAUUGAAGAUACUACAAAGCCUAUGAGUACUGUAAAUCUCAUUUCACAACUUCAUGUUUCAUAUAUAUGUACAUCUUGCCAAAAGUGCUCGACAACUAGUAUGUUUUUAGACGGUCUGUCUGUCUUUCGCACAUGAGUUCAAAAUUUUCCCCAAAGGAAAUGUAUGUUGUAUCAGUUUAAGCCCAAAGACAUCCAUUUAAUGGCAUUCGAUAUAUGGCAAUCAAAAAAUAUUAAUCCGCA